AUGUCAGGAGGAGCACAGCAACAAGGGGUGAGCCUCGACCAGCUGAGUGCUCAACAGCUCACGGCCGUCAAGAAGCAGCUGGAUGAGGAGGUCGAGCACCUUACCACGUCUUUUGCACAGCUUCAGGCUGCACAGAUUAAGUUCAAGGACUGCCUGCGUUGUGUGAAGACCCAAGGUGGCACACAAGACAAGAAAGAGAUCCUAGUACCCCUGACAAACUCGCUGUAUGUCAAGGGAAAUAUCUCAAGCCCUGAUCGAGUGCUGGUAGAUAUAGGCACAGGCUUCUACGUGGAGAAGAGUGUGAAGAGUGCCGCAGAGUUUUACGAGGGCAAGGUUAAGGAUCUCGCUGGCAACAUCACGGACCUGGAAUCCAUCAUUCAGAACAAAUCAAGUUCGUUGAGGGCUGUUGAAGAAGUCCUCAAGCAAAAGAUUCUCGCACAACCACAACAGCCUUCAUCAUGA